UUUGCAUACAAAUCCAAGAAUAAUAUAUUCAGAGAAUUGCAUCCAAAAAUAACAGUUUCCUUACCAACAUUUACACCACAUCAGAUCAACACGGAAAAGAUGUAUGAACAGUUUGGGUUUCUAACAGCAUUAUCAAUGAAAGAUGACGAAAAUGGCUGUUCUACUCCUGUAGAUGAUGCCAUACCUCCAUCUGCUAGACCAUUAAUUGAUGAGCCACAGAUCCUUACAGAAGUAACCACUGACCAUGUUGUCCAUGAUUCUCUGGUGAGCGUUUGUUGUCUUCGCGAUGACGAAGUUUGGACGAGUAGCUAUGACAACAUCUUAAAACUGUACAAUCUAAAUGGAAAAUUAUUGAAGUCAAUCAAUACAAGACCGUGGUUCAUUCCAUGUGGCAUAGCGUUGACAGGUUGCAGUAGUGUUGUUUUUGGCGACUCCUUCAAUGGAACGUUGAACAUUGUAAAGGACACAGGGAUAUGGGAAGUAAUAAGACUACAGGGAUGGACACCACAUGGUGUCUGUAGUACGUCCUCCGGUGACUUACUCCUUCUCAUGGUCUCUAAUGAUCGACAAGAAAAAGUCGUGCGUUACUCUGGAUUCGCUGAAAAACAAAGCAUUCAGUUUGAUGACAAAAAACAACCUCUCUAUUCAGGUAGCAGAAUCAAUUAUUUCCCUAAAUGUAUCACUGAGAACAGGAACUUGGAUAUUUGUGUAGCUGAUUGUGAAGCCGGUGCAGUAGUGGUGGUCAACCACGCCGGAAAACUCCGAUUCCGAUACACUGGUCACACAUCUCAUGUCUUUGGGGUAUUUAGACCAUUUGGAAUCAUUUCUGACAGCCAAUGUUGGAUCCUGAUAUCUGAUUACUAUAACCACAAUAUUCACGUCGUUGACAAGGACGGACACUUCCUUCGCUACAUUAACAACUGCGGAUUGAGGAGUCCAAGGGGUUUAUGUGUGGACAGCAACGAUAAUCUCAUUGUGGUGGAAUAUGAUACAGGAAAAAUCAAGAAAAUCAAAUAUAACUAUUAAAACGGAUUGAUUGUGUCCAUUACGUUUGUGUAAAAUGAAUGUGUUGUUUAAAACAAUA